AUGGGAGCGAACGCGUCGAAUCCGCGUCUCCGCCGGCGCGCUUUUACAACGCAUCCUUCCGCGACCUAUACGCGGAAUCGUUCCGCAACAGUUGCCCACAAUCUUCCCCUGAUGACGGAGUAUGAUGUGAAGAAGAUGUGGGAGCAAUGGCAGAAGGGUGCGGAAGAUUCCGCGUCGCAGGCUUCCGCAUCACCGCCUGUGUCGAUCCGCAAGAAGAAUAGCGAUGCGGCGUCGGAGGAUUCGGGCUUGGGAGCGGAACAGUUUGAGCAGCAGCAGCGGAAAACGAAGCGGCGGACGAUUCUCAAGAAGAUUUUGAUGAGAAGAAAGAAGACGGCGAGCUUUGCGGAAAGCCGCAUGAGAUCGAAAUCGUUGGGUGAGUUAUGA